AGCUUUCAGAAUCCCAUUCUCUUCUUGUUCCGAACGCUCCAUCAAGCUUCAUGCCCCAGAUGAGUAGCCAUACUAUAGAUUCUGAGCGGAUCCGGGGUCGGGGAAUCUUAGAGUGACCGGGUACUUUUCCAUGGCCUUUCUAAUCUUACUCUGCCAUUACUAUUGGUACAUUCUGAUGGCGAUGGCUGAUGCAUGGCCACGUCAUGCGAGACCUACAUAUGCUAUCCCACCAGGCAAAGCAUCGUACCAGCAAGAAGCUGAUGACCGAAUAAAUUCCUGGGCUCCCACAUAGCAGCUCGCAUUCGCUUGAUCAUAAUAGCGGCAAUCAUAAUCUUCUCUUUUGUUUUCUAUAGGACCCACCUUCUCCUAUCUGAAUAGAUCCACGAGCCCUUGAUGAAGAAAGGAGGAAAAAAGAAAAGAAAGUCGGCAGUACCUACCUCCGCUGAUACAGCUGUUGUACUUACGGAGCCGGUUUCUGCAAACGAACAAAUUAUCAGAAAAAUGAAAGACCUCGUCCUUAGGUUAGAUACAAUAUUUCCAGCCCAUCGGAACAUCCUCUGUCCUCAAUCAGAGUAUUUUGAGAUUGCUUGUAGUAGCCACUUCAAGGAAAGCAACGGCGAGAUCAUCAUUGAGGAUUGCAAUCCUAUGCUUAUCAAAAAGACACUCGAAUUCUUGUACACGGGUGACUAUACUUAUGACGGUUCUCCAGAUACCCAAGCUCUCCUGAACUUAGAGAAUAGUUCUGAAUGUCCACCCGAAACAUGGGCAGAAAAGGAUUAUGAGGUAAAUGCAGACACUGAACAAUAUCCAAACCCAUUUCGAAAAACCAAUACUACAAAUUUUCAAAGUUGUCAGGCCUUCUUCCACGCUCAAAUGUACGCACAAGGUGAUUAUUUUCAGAUCAACGAGCUUAAGAAGAAAGCAAAGGAUUACUUUACGAAAUCUUUCUUGGAACAUCCCAAUCAAGAUUCAUUCAGCUCCUCCGUCGUUGAAGUUUACAGCUCAACAGGGGAGCACGACCGUGGGCUCAGAGAUCUUGUUGUCCAGCUCACGACGGAUAACCUCAAGAUUCUGAGGAAUGGGGAUAAUCCUAUACUGUGUGACGGACUUUUAGAAUCUGUUCCCAAAUUCAUGCUGGAGGUCUGUCUUUCGACCUUGGACAAGUGUGCUAAAUAUCAGAGGCAGCAUGAGAUAAUGCAGGGCUUCAAGUACCAAAGAGAAAAGCAUAAAGCACGAGGUGUGGCGGCUGCAUUUGUCUUAGACUCAACAGAGGACACCUCGUCAGCAAGACUCUGUUAUUUUCUCCUAGCUAAUGCCGUAGCUCAAUUUAUCACCGCAGCGCUGACAUCAUGGUUCAGUAGUGGGCCUUCUCUUGGGGGCUUAGUGGGGCGGAUUCUCAUUAGUUACGAAACAGCCCUCCGCAGAUUUGCUGACUGGCCUCCUCACUUGACAAAAUGGGUCACUGCGUACAUCCCGCAGUGCCCUCACUAUUCCUCGGUCUCUACCGCUGCGGUCCGACGGCAAAGUCCAUGUGGCGCUAGUACUGUAUCAUUCGCAGGGAAACGGGGCAGGGUAGAUUACGCGGGGAUGGAUGGCCCUUUUACGAAGGAGGGCGAAAUGGGGGAGAAAUAG